GUUUAGUAAUGGAUGAAUGGCAAAAUUAAGAAAAGGUGGAGUCAAUGUUACUAUGAUAAGAGUUAAUUAAGAGAUCAUAAGAUUGACAAAUAUUUCGGAUCACCAGAGGAGCAUUUUCCCAAAUUACACAUAUUUGUAUCCCUGAAAAUGUGAAGAAGAUCUCUUAUUAGCUUGCCUCUCUUUUUGUUCUUCUUUUUUCUUGGCUAAUGCUUAUUCACUAUUAUUAUUGUUGGCUUUCAUGAGACGUAUAUAAACUCUGAGUUGCUUAAUUUGGUUUGACCAGUAAUCAUUGAUUCAAAAGAUUUACAUACGUAUAGUGUGUAUGCCUCCUGUUGGGGUGAUGAAAUAAGGAGCAUUGGGUGUUGGAGCUGUUUGAAGUUCCAAGAAGUAAUUCGGAGAAAUAUAAUCCAAUAAUAAUAAGAAUGGGGUUCUUUGGAAAAGGUGGUCCGGCGCAGGCGGCGGCAGCAGAAGGAGGAGAUAACAAAGACAACGAAGAGGAGAAGAGUGACGGUGAGCCUCUGAGCAGGCAGAUGAGUGAGUCUUCAACUGUGUAUGCAACUGAUCAGGAGGAAGAUGAUGAGUUUGCAUCCAAGUUGCAGCUGGGUCCUCAAACCACUCUCAAGGAGCAGCUUGAGAAAGAUAAGGAUGACGAGAGUCUAAGGAGAUGGAAGGAACAACUUCUUGGGAAUGUGGAUGUGAACAAUGUGACAGAGGUUCUGGAACCAGAAGUGAAAAUAAUAAGCCUUUCAAUAGUGUCACCUGGAAGAGAGGACAUAGUGCUUCCAAUACCUGAGAAUGGGAAUCCAAAGGGUCUAUGGUUCACUCUCAAGGAAGGAAGCCCAUACCGCUUGAAAUUCACUUUUGUAGUCAGCAAUAAUAUUGUGUCUGGGUUCAAGUACACCAAUACUGUAUGGAAGACUGGUGUAAAGGUGGACAGUGCAAAAGAGAUGCUUGGAACAUUCAGCCCUCAGGCAGAGCCUUACACACAUGAGAUGCCAGAAGAAACCACACCCUCUGGCUUGUUUGCUAGAGGACAGUACUCUGCUAAAUCAAGGUUUGUUGAUGAUGACAACAAAUGCUAUCUGGAGAUCAACUACACUUUUGAUAUUAAGAAGGAUUGGGCUUAAUCAACAUAAUAUAAUAUAAUAUAAUAUAUUAUAUACAUAUACAUGGAUCGGAUAUCUUCCAAGGAUCCCUACUAUUAAAUUUUAUUUCAUUUAUUCUUUUUCAUUAUUGUUGAUCAUAGAACUCACACAUUUUAGGUACUAAAUUCGGCCUUGUACCACUUUCCGAAUCAGAAGUGCCCUGUUUGUUUCUUUGUCUGUUGGUUAGCUUUCUACUCUCUUCACCAUUUGUGGGUUUGGGAUGGAAGAUACAUUCCCUUCUGUACUCCAUUCAGAGUCUUCUCUUGUAUUUUCCUUAUCAAGAAACUAAAGACCAACAAAUUUUGUGUUAAUAACAUUUUUUGUUAUUUAAGAAUAAAUUACCAUU